AUGGACCUUCAAUUGCGUCCAGCUCUGGCGCCCGCCCAGGACGUCGAGCCCAGCAGCCAGGGCACCGUCGAGACUCCAUGGGAGGAGCUGGCCCGAAAGUACUGGCUAGACAAUGCGCCGACCAGAGUCAAGCCAGAAGUGAUCAAGACCGCGAUAUGGGAUCCCCUCGAACAGGAAUCCUUCGCCCUUCGGCCGCUUGCGUUGUUAGAGAACCUGCAGAUGCUCGAGAGAUUCCUCUGGCCUACCUUCUCGGCCGACUCAUCAAACCAUCAUGUCCUUCUCAUUGCCAUCUUUUUUAAUGUCAAACAACGCGCACACCUUCAGGAUUGGACCUUGUUCAUCGACCGGCCGGACGACUUCUCCCAGCUAUUUCGACGCGUUCUUUCCUUAAACCUCGACUCGUCUUUGUCGAUAUUCUCUCGAUUGUCACUCUUACACUUCGUCAUUGGUGCAUUUCAAUCUCUGGAGAAGGAACAUGUCCGGAAAGAGUGUGCCCCUCUUGUCUCAAUUGCAAUAUGGCACAAUCUACACGAUGAAAAGGCGAGGGACAAACUCCUAGAGGCCAGCCCAAGCAGGAGAAAAGCCUGGAAGGCGGCGCAGCGAAGAUAUGACGGCGCGGACGGUCCAACACAGAGUCGCUUGCGAUUCGAUCGAGCCUGGCUGUUUGCGAUGCUCGUCGAUUUUUUGGCGCGCCUUAACGUCUCGAACCUGGCUAAUACUCAAGAGACGGUCUAUUGUGAGCGGUUUAUGGAGUUUCUGAUUGAUUUGAUCAGUCAGCUACCGACGAGGCGAUACACGAAUCCGCUGUUGCAGGACCUCAAUCUGCUGGCGAUCCUCCGAACAUCCAAGCUGUACGACAGAGAAGACGCCGUGAUCUUGCGCGACCUGACGGAUCUUUUCGAGCAUUUUCAAGCUUUUCCCGUUGACGACUUGGGUAAUAGCGAGUCCAGCCCCGAGGGUCUUCGUAAGACCCACUACGAGGCGCUGCAGCGGCUACAGAGAGUCGGCCUUCAACAUUUUGAACAGAAACUAAAGGUCCUUGCUUUGUCGAAUUACGGAUCUAUUAACCAACGUAACGACCUCGAAUCUCAUCUGUCGAACCUUUCGGACCCGGAAUUGCAGGAUCUCUGUGGCCACCUUGGUGUUCGAACUGUCUAUCCAACAUCAGCUGGGAUCACUGCCAACCGAGCUGUGAUGAUGGAAAGUCUUCUCUGCAUGUUUUCGAAGCCUCCAGAUUUCAAAGAAACCAUCGCCAGAUUGUCUGUUUUCCCUACGGUCGAAUCACUAUAUGACUCGAAGCAGCUGAGGAAUGAAUCUUAUGACGGGUCCAGACCGCUUGGGAUACCCAAGUUGAAUCUCCAGUACUUAACCCUUGGCGAUUUCAUGUGGCGAUCGUUCCAACUCUACCAGAUGGAAGCAUUUUAUGGCAUCCGAAAGGAUUUGGAGAGCAUCGUGAAGCGGAUGAAACCAAAGCCCGCAAAGGAAAGGGGCUCUACCACGUUCGAGGGAUACUCAAAGAUGGCUUUACCGAUCUCCGAGCCUGCAAUUGUGGAGAUUGGCCCGACCAAGGUUGGACACCUCCAGCCGAGCUAUGUGCGGGCGGAAGUAAUUUUGGAUGUUGGCCGACUUGCUGACAAUGUGAGAAGAGAAUGGGAGAGCUUGAGGCCUCACGAUGUCGUGUUUCUGUUAGCAGUGAAAUCUGCAGAUCGUUCCCGGCUACUCACGAAUGGCCACUCUGCAGAGCAAGAAGAGGAUGGAAAGCUAUUCACUGCUCUGAGAACCGCCGAGGUCGUUCAGAUACUGGACGACAAUGCUCGGCCGUUGAGGGAUGCCCCGACAAAUGGUCACUCUUCACGGCCUAGGAAGAGACGUCUCCUACUUGAUUUGGAUCCUUUGUCACAUAGUGCUGGCGGAGCCAAACUUGUCACUGGGUCGGAGGGCACUGCCGGCCUUAAUGUCAUUGCUCGACGGCAAGGGCGCGAGAACAAUUUCAAGCCGGUGCUGGAAACGAUUCAGAAGCUGGUUUCGUUCCAGACCACACUUCCCUCCUGGCUUCAAGAGGUGUAUUUGGGCUAUGGUGACCCAAAAAGUGCAUAUUACACAUCGCUGCCGAAUCGCAUAGAAUCUCUGGACUAUCUCGACACCUUUGUUGACUGGCAGCAUUUGCUUGAUUCUUUUCCCGGAAAGACUAUCGAACCUGCACCUGGACAACCAUCGCAGCUCGAGCCGCCUUACGUGCUUCAGACGGCUACUUCGGCGAAUGAGCAACCGCCGACGAAUCCAAAAAAGAGACGUCGUGAGCAAAUGGAGCAGGACUCUUCCACCAUCACGGCGUCCACCUACAAACCCCCCAACACUGGGCCGUAUCCCAUGGAUGCCCGGAAAACCAAUUCAGUUCGCUUCACGCCAAAGCAAGUCGAGGCGAUAGUGUCGGGAACUCAGCCGGGGCUUACUGUGGUUGUUGGACCUCCGGGCACGGGAAAGACCGAUGUGGCUACUCAAACGAUCAAUCUCCUAUAUCACAACUUCCCGACCGAACGCGUUCUCUUGAUUGCACACAGCAACCAAGCGCUAAAUCAAUUAUUCCAGAAGAUCAUCGCGUUAGACAUUGACCCACGCCAUCUCCUACGGUUGGGUCAUGGAGAGGAAGAGCUGGACACGGAUGUGUCAUACAGCAAAUAUGGCCGUGUCGAGUCGUUUUUGGAAAAUCGACAGUGGUACCUGUCCGAGGUCAGCCGGCUUGCAGCCUCGAUCGGCGCCGAAGGCGCCCAUGGUGGUUCUUGCGAGACAGCGGACUACUUCAAUCAAGUCUUUGUGAAGCCUGCUUGGUCGCGAUUUUGGGACGUGGCCAAUGCCGAUGAUGCUACUGUGGAAAAGGUCUUGGAGGCUUUCCCCUUCUACAACUACUUCAGCAAUGCUCCAGUUCCAACUCUUUUCCCGGCAGGUGUGUCGUUGGAGGAAGCCCGCGACAUCGCUUCUGGUUGUCAAUACCAUAUUGACAAGAUCUUCUCUGAACUCGAAUCCAUUCGACCUUUUGAGAUUCUGAGGAAUAGUCGGGACCAACAAAACCAUCUGCUGGUGAAAGAGGCCCGCAUCAUUGCCAUGACAUCCACUCAUGCAGCAAUGAGGCGGUCGGAGAUUGCAGAACUGGGAUUCCACUACGAUACCUUGAUCAUGGAGGAGGCAGCGCAGGUCACUGAAAUCGAAUCCUUCAUCCCCUGUGCCAUGCAAAAUCCAGAUGCUAAGACUGGAGAGCUGCCUUUGAAAAGAAUUGUCCUGAUCGGAGAUCAUUUACAGAACUCUCCCAUCAUUCAAAAUCUGGCUCUGCGGCAGUACGCCAAUUUCGAGCAGUCGCUCUUCCUACGGAUGGUCCGAUUAGGUGUGCCUACCAUUCAUCUGGAUCAGCAGGGUCGAUGUCGACCGUCGAUCGCGGAGCUCUUCAAGUGGCGCUACAAUAACCUGGGGAACCUGCCGUUCCUUCUGGAGCAGCCCGAGUUUGCUCGAGCCAAUGCAGGGUUUCGGUAUGAUUAUCAGUUCAUUGACGUCCCUGACUACCAAGGACAAGGAGAGCGAGAACCGACGCCACAUUUUAUCCAAAAUCUGGGAGAGGCCGAAUACGCCGUGGCAUUGUAUCAGUACAUGCGGCUACUGGGCUAUCCUGCCCGAAGCAUUUCCAUCCUAGCGACUUACGCCGGACAGCGCGCUCUGAUCCGUGACGUGCUCGAUCAUCGAUGCAAAAACAACAAGUUGUUUGGUCUUCCCCGGAUUGUCACCACGGUGGAUAAGUACCAGGGCGAACAGAACGAUUAUGUGAUCGUCUCCAUGACUCGGACCCGGUCGGUGGGGUAUCUGCGCGAUGUGCGUCGGCUGACGGUGGCGCUCUCGCGCGCGAGACUGGGUCUGUAUAUCAUAGGCCGUCGCGAGUUGUUUGAGUCUUGCUUCGAAAUGAAACCCGCUAUGGAUCUCUUGUUACAGAGGCCCGAUAAGCUGGUCUUGACUACUGGUGAAAUGUUCCCUACCGAGCGGGCACUGGAUGCCGAUGUGCCUGGAACGGAAAUGGAAGGCGUCGAACAUCUUGGUCAAUAUGUCUUCGAAAUGACCCAGGCGAAAGUCAAGGCUAUGGGUGGCCAAGUCGCCGUUGCGGCCCCAGCUGAGACGGCAGAGGAUGCUUAUGUAGCUGGAGAAGCGGAGGACGGACUCCCUGAUGGGGAUGAAGAGGAUCCGCUGCACGAGGUUGUUCAGGCGGGUGAUCUUUGA